GGGAUUUUGUGAAUUGAUGUCUAUAGGUGAUCAUGAGCUUGAAAUUGAAUGAUUUGGAUGGUGAAUUAAGCUUUGACCUUCGGCAGAAUGUCCUCCAUCAAGCCUCACUUGCUUCUCUCUCUUCAACUCUCCACAGCCAGCAAGAAAUGAAAAGCAGGCAACAACCCAAACCCAAACCCAAGACAAAGCAGCCAAUGAAAGUUGUGUACAUAUCCAACCCCAUCAAGUUCAACAUCACUGCAUCAGAAUUCAGGGCCUUGGUGCAACAACUCACCGGCCAACAUUCUGAGUUGCCUGCUUAUGAUCAUGUCGGUGGAGACAAUCAGACGGUCCGAGAGCAUCACCAUGGUAUGGAUCUCAGUGGUAAGCCACAGAAGCCUGUAGAAAUAUUACAAGAUCAUGAAGAUGAUGAUGAUGAUGAUGGUUUGAUGGACUCAUCUUUUUCUUCCCUUGAUGAUUAUUUCUUGCCUCAAAUAUUUGAGAAUUUAUCAUCAGCUAAUGGGUUAUUACAUUCAAGUUUCUUGUCUGAAUCUACUGCUGCUACUGCUACUGCUGCCGGUGAGGUUAAUUUGCUGAGAAAAUGAAGCAGUACGUAGCUGCCUUUUAUACUGUUCCUAAUGUAAUCAAAUUCAGUAAGCUUAACUUCUGUCUUUCUUUUGGCCUCAAAAGUUUUAAUAAAAUAUACCAUAUAUAGUUUCUUUAUGUAA